AUGCCGGCUGGAGGUAAAAUGCGGGAGGUUGUUUCCCUUCAUGUUGGACAAGCUGGAGUUCAAAUUGGAAACCCUGAUGGACGAAUGCCUGCGGAUGACACUGUUGGCAUUGAAGACCAUUCAUAUAAUACUUUCUUCUCUGAAACACCUUCAGGUAAACAUGUUCCUCGAGCAAUUUUCAUUGAUUUGGAACCAACUGUUAUUGAUGAGAUAAGAACAGGAACUUAUCGACAGGUUAUUUUCAACAUUUUUAGCCAAACUUUUCAAUUAAAAAAAUUUUUUCAGUUGUUUCAUCCAGAACAACGUAAAGAUUUAUUAAGAGAAUUUACCUUAUGUUUUUUUUGUUUUGCAGUUAUUACUGGCAAAGAAGAUGCUGCAAACAAUUAUGCACGUGGCCAUUAUACCAUUGGAAAGGAGUUAAUUGAUGCAACUAUGGACCGAAUUCGAAGAACAGCUGAACAUUGUAAUUCAUUGCAAGGCUUCCUUAUAUUCCAUUCAUUUGGAGGCGGUACAGGUUCUGGCUUUACCUCAAUGAUGAUGGAACGUUUAUCAGCAGAUUUUGGCAAGAAAUGUAAACUUCAAUUUAGCGUCUACCCAGCACCGCAAAUUUCUACAUCAAUGGUUGAACCAUACAAUUCUGUACUCUCUACACAUACAACAUUGGAACAUUCAGAUUGUUCUUUUCUGGUUGAUAAUGAAGCAAUUUAUGAAAUUUGCCGAAAAAAUUUGGAUAUUCACCGUCCAACCUACACAAAUUUGAAUCGUCUUAUUGCACAAGUUGUUUCUUCUAUUACAGCUUCCCUACGUUUUGAUGGAGCUUUGAAUGUUGACUUGACAGAAUUCCAAACAAAUUUAGUUCCAUAUCCACGAAUCCAUUUCCCUCUAGCUACUUAUUCUCCAAUCAUUUCUGGUAUUUUUAAUGGUUUGGGAAAAUUUUUGUUCCCUUUUUUAGCGGAAAAAGCAUUUCAUGAACAUAUGAAUGUACCUGAAAUAACCAACAAAUGUUUUGAAGCUGGACAUCAAAUGGUUAAAUGUGAUCCUAGAAAUGGAAAAUAUAUGGCAUGUUGUCUACUUUUUCGUGGAGAUGUUGUACCGAAGGAUGUAAAUGCAGCAAUCGCAACAGUCAAAACAAAACGAGCUAUUCAAUUUGUGGAUUGGUGUCCAACAGGUUUUAAAGUUGGAAUUAAUUAUCAACCACCUACGGUUGUGCCGGGUGGUGAUUUGGCUAAAAUGCAACGUGCUGUUUGCAUGCUUUCGAAUACUACAGCAAUUGCAGAGGCCUGGACUCGCCUUGAUCACAAAUUUGAUUUAAUGUAUUCAAAACGUGCAUUUGUUCAUUGGUAUGUUGGUGAAGGAAUGGAAGAAGGUGAAUUUUCUGAAGCACGCGAAGAUAUGGCUGCUUUAGAAAAAGAUUAUGAGGAAGUGGCUUUUGAUACACAUGAAGAAGAAUAUUGA